AAGAAGGCCGCGCUCAAGUCGGAGAAGGAGGCGGAGGCUGCCGCGCGCGCGGCCGCGGAGAACGCCGCCCGCCUGGAGCGCGCGCGCGCAGUCGUCAUCGCCGAGGACCCGUCGCUGCCGCCCGCGCGCCCGGCCAAGAUCCGCGACCUGCCCCGCUGCAUCGGGGCCCGCGUCAAGGUCUGCGGAUGGGUCCACCACCUCCGCACGGACGGCAAGAAGCUCUGGUUCAUCGACCUCCGAGACGGCACCGGCUUCGCACAGGUCGUCCUCACCGGCGACUUGUGCAGGACCUACGACGCCGCUACCCUCGGCAGAGAGGCCUCCAUUGCCGUUUAUGGCGUAUGGACAAAGGAUGACAAUGGCCGUGCCAAGGGCACGUGGCCCGGCUUUGAACUGCAAGUCGAUUACUGGCAGCUCGUGGGUGCCACCUCGUCGGACAUUGAUAUGCUCUUUACGAAGGAUAGUAACGUGGACAUCCUGCUCAACCAGAGGCAUCUCGUCCUGCGGGGGUCGAAGGCCUCGUCCAUUCUGCGCAUGAGGUCUAUCAUUACCCAGUGUUUUCGGGAGCACUUUUUCGCCGAGCAUUACGUCGAGCUCACCCCGCCCACGCUAGUCAACACGCAGUGCGAGGGCGGGUCCACGCUCUUCGCCUUUGACUACUUUGGCGAGGAGGGCUACCUCACGCAGAGCUCACAGCUGUACUUGGAGACGGGCAUCGCCGCCGUCAACGACUGCUUCUGCAUCCUGCCGAGCUAUCGCGCGGAGAAGAGCCAGACGCGCCGCCACCUCUCAGAAUUUCAUCACAUCGAGGCCGAGCGCCCGUUCAUCACCUUUGAGGACCUGCUGCAGUCGAUCGAGGGCCUGGUCUGUGGCGUCAUCGACCGCGUCGCCGACAAGAUGAAGGACGACAUGGACACGUUCCUGCGCGCGAGUGGCGGCAAGCCCAUGCCGAAGCUCGAGCGCCCGUUCAUGCGCAUGACGUAUGAGGAGGCCGUGGCGUAUUGCCGCGAGCACAACAUCUACAAGGACCCGGAGACGAAGACGCACUUUGAGUUCGGCGACGACAUUCCCGAAAAGCCGGAGCGCGAGAUGACCGACAAGAUCAACAAACCCAUCCUGCUCAUCAAGUUCCCGGCCUCGCUCAAGAGCUUCUACAUGCAGAAGUGCCCCGACGACACCCGCCUGACCGAGUCGGUCGACCUGCUUCUGCCGGGCGUCGGCGAAGUUGUCGGCGGCAGCAUGCGCAUGUGGAAGGCAGACGAGCUGCUCGAGGCUUACAAGAAGGAGAACAUGGACCCGGAACCGUACUACUGGUUCACCGACCAGAGAAAGUACGGCUCGUGCCCGCACGGCGGGUACGGCUUGGGUCUAGAGAGGUUUAUUUGCGCACUACUUAACAUCCAUCACAUUCGAGACGCUUGCUUGUAUCCGAGGUAUCGCGGACGAAUUGCCCCCUGA